AUGAUCUCUUCGGUCAAGCCUUUCCAUCCACCUGGAGUCACGUCCAUGUUACCGGUGGAGAAUGCCGACGCCCUGGCUCAAGAAAUUGGUCAGCUCAGUUUAAAUAUUGGUACCAAAGAGGGCCACUCCAACGCUGUCGAGGCUGAAGUUCCCCAACCUGUUGCUUCUGUAGUUGCUCAAGUACCUGAGGAUGCUCAAAUUCCCGACGCUGCUGAGCUUAACAACACUGCUGAAGUUCAAACUGAAAAUAUUCAUCAUGACAUUCAAUCUGAACCUGUUCCUACUGAGAAUAUUCCCUCACAGGCGGUUCCAGACUCGUCCGCCGAGUUCUUGCCAGAAAUCUCGAAAAUGGUAGGGGUAGACUAUGUGUAUCUCUCCAGCAAACCCAUUUUCGAUGGAGCUAAUGGCGUUAUCUACAGAGGCACAGACACAAAGAAUACAACCGUUUUUGUCAUCAAAACCGUCAAGGUUCAAAAAGAUCAGCUGCUUGCUACGUACAGAAGGUCCGUUAUCCGUGAGUUCGACAACUUGAAGAAGUGCGCCAACUCGAAGCAGGUGGUGACUGUGGUAGAUAUUGCCGCCAACCAGGACUCUCCAGAUCUCUCGCUCAUUGUCAAGUACUACCCCAAUGGUGACUUGCUCGACUUUUUGUGCAAGCUCCGCACCAAGAAGGUUGAACUCAAGGGCAACUUAAAAGAUGCCAUUUUCAAGCAGAUUGUACGUGGUGUGGACUUCCUCCACCGUCACAACAUUGCUCAUCGUGACAUCAAGCCCGAGAACUUUCUCAUCGAUGAGUGUGGGGUCAUUAAACUCAAUGAUUUUGGCUAUUCUCUUGACACUACCAGAUUGGACGAGCAGCUUCUUCUCAACGAUUUAUCGUGUGGAACGCCAUCAUUUAAAGCGCCUGAGCUCUACCAAAUCGAGAAAGCUGUGGCCGAAAACACCGACUUUGAUGCCAAACUGAUCGACUUUAAAAUGGUGGACAUUUGGGCUCUUGGAGUGUUGACCUUCCAGCUCUUCCUCAUGUCGAAGCCAUGGCAGCACGCUAAUGUUGUCACUGACGCCAAGAACAUGGUGAUGGAAAAGUUCAUCAAGUAUUAUCCAGACAAUGAGAAACAUUUGAUCAACUUGGUCAAUAAGCUUAACGAUCGCAACCACAGUGUUUCCACAAACCCUGCUUUGUCUUUGUUCAAGAAGUUGCACUACGAUGCCAGAAUCCUGGCUCUUGAGAUGUUACAUCCGGCACCAGAAAAACGUUGCACCACUGAGAAGCUUUUGCUUUCCAAUUGGCUUACCCAGGCAUAUGCUGACCCCAAGGAUUUGAUUAAGUUGAUUCCCAAGUAG